UCUGUUCUCUCUAGCCCAAGAAGAAAGAGUUAACCCACAGAAGUUGAAGAGUGGGCAAACCCAGAAAAACACAAGGAUGGAAUGGUGGGUUUCAAUGCCGAAGUUGGAACUUCAUGCCCACCUUAAUGGCUCCAUUAGAAACUCUACUAUAUUGGAACUAGGCAGAGAAUUGGGGGAGAAGGGCAUAAUUGUUUUCUCAGAUGUGGAACAUGUUAUCUUGAAAAGUGAUCGUUCACUUCCUGAAGUCUUCAAAUUGUUUGAUUUGAUUCAUGUUCUUACAACUGACCACGAAACUGUUACCAGAAUUACUAAAGAGGUAGUUGAAGAUUUUUCUGCAGAGAACGUUGUAUACUUGGAGCUAAGGACAACUCCAAAGAGGAAUGAUUCCAAAGGGAUGAGUAAGAGGUCAUACAUGUUGGCAGUUCUGGAGGGUUUAAGGGCUGUUAGUACUGUUGAGGUUGACAUUUUUCGUGAUUCAGAAGUAGAAUGUCCUGCUAAUGCUCAUACGCUAUAUGAUACAAAAAAUGGAACACAAAGAAAGAAGAUUUAUGUGAGACUUCUUCUCAGUAUAGACCGUCGCGAGACCACUGAAGCUGCUAUGGAAACGGUUAAACUUGCUCUGGAAAUGAGACAUUUAGGAGUAGUGGGAAUCGACCUUUCAGGCAAUCCUGUCGUUGGUGAAUGGCAAACUUUUCUGCCUGUGCUGGAGUUUGCUAAAGAACAGGGACUUUUAAUCACUCUUCAUUGUGGAGAGGUACCAAACCCCAAGGAAAUCCAUGCAAUGCUAGAUUUUCUACCUGCAAGAAUUGGCCAUGCUUGUUGCCUCGGAGAGGAGGAGUGGAGAAAAUUGAAGUCUUCAAAGAUUCCGGUUGAAAUUUGCUUGACAUCCAACAUCAAAACCGAAACCAUCUCUUCUGUGGAUGUUCACCAUUUCGCUGAUUUAUACAAUUCUAAGCAUCCGAUUGUCUUGUGCACUGAUGAUACUGGUGUUUUCUCCACCAGCUCAUCUCGUGAAUACAUCCUUGCCUCAUCUGCAUUUGGUAUACACAAAAGAGAGAUGUUUCAGCUGGCAAGGAAUGCCAUUGAUUUCAUCUUUGCUGAUGAUGGAGUAAAACGAGAGUUGGAAGUGAUGUUCGACUUGGCUGCUGGGAGGCUGGAAUUCUGAGACAAACUUAAAUGCAAUGAGCAGAAACACAGUGUUAGUUUUGAUCCUAGGUAAACUGUUGUUUGAUUCUCUCAAAACAUGAAAAAGUAUUUGAAUGGUAGAAUUGACUUUGUACUCUUUUGGUGGAUAUUUAGUUGAAAUCAAUGUGGUCUUUGGAGUUCAUGCAA